AUGUAUGUGAGGGUCCUUGUGGCGGUGCUGGCUGUGACCAGCUUCGUUCCUGUACUAUCAGAUUUGGAGACACAAGCGAAGGAGUUCCUGGCGAGGUUCGAUGUGGAGGCUUCGGCACAAAUGUACAAUUAUUCUCUGGCGUCAUGGGCCUACAACACAGACAUCACACAGGAGAACUCAAACAAACUGGUGAGCAUUCAGACGCCUUAAAGUUUAGCUCUGUUAUGUAGAAGUAGAGUUGGUCUAAGUUUGUCCGUGUGUUUUAUAUUUUUUCCAGUCAGAAGAGGGGAAAGUCUGGGGUGCUUUUUACGCAAAGAUGUCUGAAGAGUCGGAGAAGUAUCCCAUUGACCAGAUGACGGAUCCACUAAUCAAAUUACAGCUCAUGUCCCUCCAAGACAAAGGCUCUGGUGCUCUCCCCACAGAUAAAGCUGAACAUGUAAGACAACAGCUUAAUAUGAGAUUUCUUUCUCACAUCUUCAUAUGUUUUAAGUUAAAACUUUUAAAACUACUCCAGUCUUAAUCCAAUAUCUUUUAAUCCAUAGGUUCAGAGCUUGAAUUUUAAACUCUUUAUGCUCAAAUUUUCUUUAAAACCUUCCUGCAGCUGAGUAAGGUGAUGAGCGAGAUGAGCACGAUCUACAGCACAGCCACAGUGUGUCUCAAAGACGACCCUCUGAACUGCCAGACUUUGGAGCCAGGUACGCACUGUUCACAGGGGAAUCUUAUACCUGCGUGGCUGCCGGCUACUGUGGGCCAAAGUCAGAGACAGAGGUUUAUAAUGAACAAAGAGCGCUGAAUAGGAAAAUGGUUUUUCAAAGAUUCUGAAAAAACAUUUUGGUGUGUAGUGAGCAGCCAGCCACUGUCUGUGCAAAAACAGGGAACAUCAAGUGUCUUUUUAAACUGUACUUCAUAUUUGGCAGCUCAGCACCACACUGCUACAGGUAUCAGGACUUUGAAACAAAUGUGCAAAAACUAAAACAUAUUGUUUCCUCAGUCAGAAAAUUUUUUUUCUGGUGAUAAAAAAAUACAGAAAUUUGAAAAAAAAAUUCAGCAAUGUGGCCCCAAAACUCUGUGGUAUGUAACAGCAUCAAAAGGACAGAAUUCUGGGUGUAGAAAGUUACAUAUCAUCGCACAAAAAAAUCCACUAUAUUCACGAUAACGGUAUCAGUCUUUAACUCAACAACAUUUUUAUAUGUAGAUACCAGUUACUUUUCCAAGUUAUAAAAGUUUAAGACUUUUUUUAUUUUUGUCAUUUCCACAAAACUUAGACUGGCUUGUUGAACUGAUCAGAUUGUCUCAUUUAAUAAUCUUUUGACAACAAGGAGAAAAAUUUAUGCAGUUUUUUACUAAAAUGAAAAGAAAUCCAAAAAAUGAGCACUGAUUUAUGUAACAGAACUUUUUUCUCCUCCAUUUGGCCCUUUUUAUUUUAAUCAUGUUUUAACUUCUCCAGUUUAUCAGAGUAUGGAAACUCAGACAGGACUACAUAUUCUUUUCAAUAAAUCACAGAAAAGGUUUGUCAAAUCUCAAGUUAAAACAAAUAGUUAUGCUCAAAAGUCCAACAUUCAGAAUCUCACUGAAGCACAUUUGUAGACGUAUAUGUUGAGUGUUGUACACAGAGAAUCAAAAGUAAAAGCAAUAAUUGUGAUAAACUGCUCCAUUCAGUAUCACAUUUCAUACAACUAUAGGAUAAUUACAGCAGACCUGACGAGUGUAAACAGCAUUUAAAUGUUUUCGAUCAUGGAAGACAAUGUUAUCUUUCUCAUGUUUUGACAGAGUAGAGGUAUCAUGUUUUUAUAAAAUAAUAGAUGGACUUGAGUCUCUGCUUCUGUUCUUGUUUAAGUGCAAACUUUAAAAUCUUGAGAUGGUUUUCUUUGCUUCUAGGUCUGGAGAACGUGAUGGCUUACAGCCAAGACUACAACGAGCGUCUGCACGUGUGGGAGGGCUGGAGGAGAGAAGUCGGGAAGAGGAUGAGGCCACUGUACGAAGACUACGUGGAUCUGAAGAAUGAAGCAUCCAAACUUAACCGUAAAUUUGGCAAAAACGUUGCAGCUCCACCAUUAGAGCAUUUUGUAUUUCAUUAUGAAGAUGUAAAAUAUUGUAAAUUCCUUAAAUGAAUGACAGAGUGAGGAUAUAUCAAACUGCUGGGUUGUAGUAGUGUUGUUAACUCUAGAGGGUCUUAAUAAGUGUCAGAUCAUUCCUACAUCCUUGCAUAUCCCAGCAGAAAGACUCUAAACUUUAUAAAGAAACUACAUGAAUUUAGAGGCACAAAUGCGGAUGAAUCUAAAGACUGUAUUUUGAUCACCUGUUACUUGAUUUGAGCACAUUUCUGCAUAUAAAUACGGUCAUAAAAAUAUGACACAGUACAAUAAAAAAGUUGAUAUAAAGAUUUGAGAUAAUGUGAGCUGAUAAGAUGUGGUAAAAUAGAUUAGAUUACAUACAAUUUUAUUUAUUAAGUUUGAUAUGAUAUAAAUUUAGGGCUGCUGUGCUGUGAAGCUACUUAAACUGGUUGACUGAUAUCUGUGCUUAGUCUGAGGCUGAAAUAAUCAUAAAAAAGGAAGUCAGCAAUAGUGCUCUCAAAAUGACAAAAAUGAUUAAAAGUUGUGGAUAAUUUUGUUUUAACAUGAACCCAUCUGUCUUUUUCCAAACACAAAUAUCCACAAACUGACAGACUUUGCGGACUAUGGAGCUUACUGGAGAUACAACUAUGAAACCAUCGAGGAAGAUCCUCAGUUCAAAUACACCAGAGAUCAGCUGAUGGAGGAUGUCCGAGCUGUGUACAAACAGGUAUGCCCUGAAACAGUGUUUCUACAGUAUCCAAGUUUCUUAAUGGAUGUUAAUUAAUCGCAGUAAAUAUGGUUUUAUUUUAUAGAUCCUGCCUUUAUACAAAGAGCUGCAUGCCUAUGUGAGAGCCAAACUGAUGGAGACGUAUCCUGGUCACAUCAAUUCAAACGGACCUCUGCCCGCCCACCUGCUGGGUAGGUUCAUGAUCCAGUUCAGAAUAAGAAUGUGUUUUUUUUAAUUUCUUUUGAAUGACGUUGGACCCUAAAGGCUCUCUGUCAUGAGAAAUAGAUCUUGAUCCUUAUUGUAAUGUAAUCAGGGACUUGACAAGAGGGGUGGCGUGGGCCAUUCUUAAGAUAUGAUUUACCUCCCCAGGUACCACCCUGAAAUCCUAAACCACGAUUGGCAAAUAAUUGUCUCAUUUGCCACACAGAAAUCAGGAGUUUUCAAGUAUGACAUGGACUCCAAAACUCAUGAAACAAAAACGUUAAAAAAAAUAAAUAAAUAAAAGUGAAAACACAUUGUGGAGUGCCAGUUUGAUUAUGGCAAUGGUAAUAACAGAUUAUAACAUGGUAAUAACAGAUACUGCUAGAAAGAGCUACACAUCUGCAUAAAAUCAACACAUUUCUGAAUCCAGUAAGAGUUUUAAUGCAGAAAGAUAGUUGAAAUGUUUUCCCACAAGAUCAGACAGCAUCUCAUUUACUAGUGCAACUUAUAUUUUACUGAAAUUUUGAUUACACACAGAACUGGUAAAAAAAAAAAAAAAAAAACUUAUUUUAGGUAUUUUAAAGUAAGUUUGUUUUUCUUUUUUUUUCAUGUAUUCUCUUUAUCAUCCCCUACUACUUAUAUUUAUAACUGUUUUAAAACCUUUCUCUUGUAACUUUGAUGGUCAGAGAGUUAUGCUCAUCAACUUCUAGGGGCCUAAUGUAUUAAUAAUGACUUUAACUUAAUACAGCAUUGUAAACAUAGAACUUUGAUUUGAAAAGAAAGCAUUUAUAAUGCUUUGUUUUUGUCUAUCAAAAGUGUCAAUACAAAAAAAAUAAUACACUUUAUUGGAAGAAAUAUAACAGUUCACAAUUUUUACACUUGAUGUUAUUUGUUUAGCCUUUAUUAUUUGUUUGACUGCUUAACUGUUGAGACUCAACUGUGGAGACUCAGGCUGAGUGCUGGAGUGCUCCGUUCCUGGGAAACAACGGCUUUCAUAAAUAAUGAGGUCAAACAUGGAACAGAUGCAAAAAAUAUAUAUAUGUGUUUGUCUUAUUGAUUUUAAAUUGUCUUAAUCUCUUUUUUCAUUUCCAACAUAUUUCCUUGCAUCUGUAAAUCACUUUGAAUUACCUUGGGUAUGAGUGGUGCUAUAUAAAUAAACUUAACUCGCCUUGCCUUAUACACAAGCUUGACAAGAAUGGGAGCCACAAGUGUUGGCUUCAGGUCUAGAGUUGGAAAAAUACUCUUUGAAUGGAAAUAUUGAUCUUGUUGAUUUUUCAGGUGACAUGUGGGGAAGAUUCUGGACCAAUCUGUACUCUCUGUCCAUCCCCUACCCUGACAAACCUGAUAUUGAUGUCAGCGACGCAAUGGUGGAACAGGUACAGAAGGAGUAACUAUGAAACAGAAAACUUGAGUGCACGCACUGCUCUGUAAAUAAAUGAAGAGAUCAAAUAUUAAAAAUAUCUCAGUCCUUGAUAGAAAUAAAUGUCAAUUUUGAAUUCCAGGGCUGGACAGAGCGUCAGCUUUUUGAAGAGGCAGAGAAGUUCUUCAUGUCUAUCGGCCUGUACGAGAUGUUCCCAAAUUUCUGGAAUGACUCCAUGCUGACAAAGCCUACAGACGGACGCAAGGUGGUCUGCCACCCCACAGCCUGGGACAUGGGAAACAAAGAGGACUUCAGGUAUAAUCCACACACUGAAACAUUUCCACUAAUGCAUAAAAAAAUGCCAGAGAGCGGUCAGAUUAAACAUCAACAGUUUGAGUGUCUUGAGAACUUAUCACUUGUUGUGGGGAAUUGUUAGUGAUUGUGUUCUGUGUUGAUAAGAGUAAUUUGUCUGUAGAUCAGUCCAUAAAGGCCAUAAAUGUGAACCUGCUGGAACAAUGGUAUCGAUAAAUCUCUGAGUCGUUCUUUCCGACUGAUAAAGAUAACCAAAGUCUUUAUGUUGUCAAAUAUUAAUCCAUAGAGCUGCCUCAGCAUUGACUGAUUUGGGAGUUUAAGUGUUUGGUAAAAACAAAUAUACAGAGGUAGAGGUAAUCAAAUCAAAAGGCUCUCUAAGUUUGUGUUUUAAUUUCCAAAUAAAGCUUUUGCUCCAUUCAACUUAAUCGAUUCUCUUAUCUCUGAAGGACAGGACGUAUUUUUUAUUGGACUAUCACUCAUCACAAACCUGUGAUUGUGUGGGCUGUGUUAUCAAUAAAGUGUCUGAUAUGGCAUCAUGCCACGUCAUAUCUGCUGACAACACCACUGUUCCUCUGACGCCUGCAGGAUCAAAAUGUGCACCAAGGUCAACAUGGACGACUUCCUGACAGUACACCACGAAAUGGGCCACAACCAGUACCAGAUGGCGUAUCGUAACCUAAACUACCCGCUGAGGGACGGAGCCAAUGAGGGUUUCCAUGAGGCGGUUGGAGAGAUUAUGUCCCUCUCUGCUGCGACACCCAAACAUCUGAAGAGCCUGGGCCUCCUGCCGGCAGACUUCAAAGACGAUAAUGGUACAUUUAUAAAAGGGGUGGCUGUGGGAAGGUUGGGGGUUUGAUCCAGGCUGUUGAUACUGUCCAUGGGCAGGGCACUAAACCCCAUUUAAGAAGGAAAGGAAUCACUGCAGCUCUUCCUUUGAAACACAUCAUUUUAAUUGUCUUAAACCAGAUUGUAAAUAAGACCUGUGUUGGGUUUCUUGAGCCAUAAACAAAAAGGGGUCAAAAAUAGUUGAUAGUAAAUAUGAAGUUAUCGCUGUUGGAAAAAAAGGACAUGAGAUGAUGAUGAGAUUAGUUAAAAUGAUAGUUUAGCUGGUGUUAGCUGAGAAGUGAACAGAAGGGAGUGAAGAAAACUCAAAGAUUGGAGGAAAAAGAGGUUAGCAUGACACUUGGUUAAAAUACAUCUUCCUCCCCUCUGGAAGUGUUCUUGUUUUAAUUUUAAAUUUGUUUUUAAGCAACUGAUUUUUUCAACUAAGUUCAUCAUUUCAGUUUAGAAAAUUAUAGUCGGAGCUUGUUUCUACUGCCCCCAAGUGGACAAAAAGGAGCAGUUACAGGUGUUAAUUUUGAGAGACCCAGAAGUGCUUAACAGGUGCAUCCCAACAAAAUUUAAUAUCAUAAAAAAAUCAGUUUUUUUUUCAUCAGUUAUGUAAGAAUAGAACCAUGGUUAAGGAUUUAAAAGGUCUAAGAUACAAAUUUUUGAUUUCCUUGAGCUUUAAGCCUUAAACAUGGUGGUCUUGAACUCAUUCAACUAAAGACUCCGUACAUAGCUUUUACACAGCUAUUGCAGAUCCAUGCAGUGACCUGUACAAACCAGAGGAGGGAUGAGUGAUGUGCUGCUCCCCUUAAGUAGCGUGCAGGAUUAAAAUAGCAUCAGCACAUGUCGGCCCACCUGCACAGACCAUGACACACCUCCAGUUGUUGACUGCAGAUAAGCUGAUAGCUGAGAUAACCUGACCUUUGGCCCUCUGCCUUCUGUUAUACAACUGUCUUUUACCAACGGGGUCUGAAAUGAGUCUCAUAAAUAGUUUUUUAUAGCAUGCCAUAAACUUCUGUGCUGUAAGAUGCUGAAAAAUGAUUAUUGUCCCUUUUUAUUUUGUGAUUGUCAAUUACAGAAACAGAGAUUAACUUCCUGCUGAAACAGGCGCUGACCAUCGUGGCCACGCUGCCUUUCACUUACAUGCUGGAGGAGUGGAGGUGGCAGGUGUUUGCAGGAAACAUCACUAAGGAUGAGUGGAUGAAGCGCUGGUGGGAGAUGAAGUAAGCAGAAACCUCAGUGAUAUUUCUCUUAACAAUCCACCUUUAAAGAAGUCUAUGAAAAAGAAAGGUUAAUAUUCUGAGGUCUGAUAGUAUGAUUAGAAAUCUAAAGUGAACACAACAGGUGAGUUUUGUGUUUUUUAUAUCAUGUAGCCCCUGGUCUACAUCAUUGUGACUCUGUUGUUAUCAGGAGGGAUCUGGUCGGUGUGGUGGAACCAGUACCCAGAGAUGAGACCUACUGUGACCCCCCUGCUCUCUUCCACGUCUCUGGAGAUUAUUCUUUCAUCAGGUAAAAAUCUCAGGAUGAAUUAUCUACACAAGGGAGACAAAUCCUGAAGAAAAGUAAUUUUAACACAGGCAUGGAAUAAUCCUGGAAAAGAGCAAAUUGAACAUUUUAUAUCUGAUAACAAACUUAAGAAUGUGGUGACAGAGUUAUUAGGUUGUUUUUCAUGGAACCCCGCCGUGUAUUUGAAUUUAUUAUUUAGAAAUACUAAUUGCUGGAAUUGAGAUUGUGUCCCUUUUUUGUUUUCGUGCUGUAUGGCUUCUACCUUAACCAGGUCUCCCCAGACUUCCUGGUUAAAUAAGCUCUAUGUGGAAACAAUGCUCUGUUGAAAAGUUCAAAUUAAAGAAAUGUAUUUUUCCUGGUAAGCCAAUGAACCAGGAACCUUUAGACAUGAUUUACAUUUAAAUAUAUUCAACAAAACAAAUGUCUGUAAAGUAAGAUUGUCCUUCACCGAUUAGAGGGGUGAGUAAGGGAGCCUUUUACUGUAGGAUCUGACAGUGAGAUACCUCAACUAUUCCCAUUUCCACACACUGUAGUUUUAAGAUUAAAAUAAAACACCCUAGUUGCUUCAUUUACACACCUUAUCACAUUUGAUUUCAUUCACAUGUGACGGUUUAAUUUGAAAGGACUUUCAUGGGUUUGUGUUAUCACUGUUGCCAAUAGUCUUUUGCUGUACCAUCACUGACCACCUAUCUGAUCUGCCUCUGUACUACGCUCAGUUACCAAGCUCAUUACCUCCUUGUCCAAAUACUCAUCAAAACCACAGAAAAGGUUUAGAUUAGUUAAAAAGUAUUUGUACAUUUUUGAUUUACUCUUGGUUGUGCCUUUAGGCCAAUAAUAAAGACUCAUACAACAGCGCAUCAGCGGAGUAAGAUGUGAGAAGUAUUGGGAAUUAGGAUAAAAAAGAAAAAUUCAAGACAAAUUCUUUCAAAUAUGCAACUAAACUUUGACUUUUUUGUGUGUUUUUGUCUCUGGCUGUGAAACAGGUACUUCACAAGAACCAUCUACCAGUUCCAGUUCCAGAAAGCUCUCUGCAAAGCGGCGGGUCAGUCAGAAAACUGGCAUUCAUGUGACAUUACUGGUUCAACAGCUGCAGGAACUAAAUUAAGGUUCGGACUCUAUUUUACUUCAACUUAUGAUCUGAAAUCCUGUUGAACAGUAUUUUACCAUCUACAUCAUCCUCAUCGUUCUCUCUCAGAGAUAUGCUGGAGCUGGGACGGUCUAAGUCCUGGACCAGGGCUCUGCAUACGAUAUCUGGUGUCUCACGAAUGGAUGCAAGCCCCCUGUUGGAGUAUUUCGACAAGCUUCAUGUGUGGCUCAAGGCGGACAACAUAAAACAUAGGAGGACUGCGGCCUGGGAGGCAGACAUAGACCCAUGUGAGUAUGACAGAGGCUCACAAUAUUAUCACUACAACAAGAAUAAAGGUGCUUAUUCAUCUUUAGCUGGAGUUUAAUCCUCCCUCAUGUCUGUAUGAAACAUGCAACACUAUUAUUACCUGCUGAUUAGCUUCUUGCCGAGCAAAAUGAUCUGGAAAAGUUCAUCAAGGGUUUGUUCACAACAUGAAACACUCACAACAAUUACAAUUAAAUCCUCUUUAUGGAUGUGUUGAAGCUUCCUUAGAGGCAUUGAAACCACUUGAAUGGAAAAGCAACACUCUUACCAUUACAUAAUUUAUGGGACUAAAUGUUCCUUUCAGUGAAAUUUUUGCUGUGUCACUUGAAAAGGGGCUCUGAAGAAAAGUAGAAAAAGUCCCUGAAAAGAGAAUUUUAAGGAAGUAGGAAAAACACCAACAGAAGUCACAUGCCAAACAAUUUUAUGAUUCAGCCACAUUAAUUCCCCGGUAAUCAGUGUCACUGUGCUAAACUCAGGACAAAUGACUCAAACUGAAUGUCUGAUUGUGUCAUUUUUACAGACUCAGCUGAUGCCAUUAAAGUGAGGCUGAGUCUGAAGGCUGCUUUGGGUGAAGAUGCUGUGAGUAUCACUGAUCAUGAUUAAAGUGGUUUCCAUAGUGACUCCAUGUAAAAUUCAUACAGCACCUCUCAGGUUAGCAUGCGUUUGUUCUCCUUUAUUUUAAAUGUUAAUCAGCCGACGUGUAUUUCAGUACACCUGGAACGACAAUGAGAAGUUCCUCUUCAAGGCCAAUAUCGCGUACGCUCUGAGGCAGUACUACGCUCAAAUGAACAAGACAAUGGCUUUCACGUAAGCAGCGACUCCAGCCUGAAAACAUAAAGAUGCACCAUACUUAAUUCUCCUUUGACUGACUCGUAUUAUCAGAGUUUAAUGAGUGUUUUUCUGUUUGGACCUGCAGAUCUGAAAACGUCCUCACGUUCAAUGACACUGAGCGAAUCUCCUUCUUCAUCUUGGUCACAAAUCCAGGCUCGGUCUCCACAUACGUCCCAAAGGGUGAUCUCGAAGCUGCCAUUCGGUGAGAUUAUAGCCUCUCUUCUUUUCCUAAACACAGAUCAAGAGGCUUGAUUUUGGUGUUUGAGAGUUAUGUCACCUUUCCUGAGAAGUAUUCAACAGAUGUGAGUAAUUCCAAAUUGAUUCCAGGUUGAGCCGAGGCCGAAUCAACGAUGCCUUCCAGCUGGAUGACCACACACUUGAGUUCUUGGGAAUCCCCCCAACUCUGGCCCCCCCUGUGGAGCAGCCAGUGGAGGUCUGGCUGGUGGUGUUUGGGGUACUCAUGGGAAUUGUGGUCCUAGCUGGCGUCUACCUGGUCAUUUCUGGAAUCAGAGAGCGCAAGAAGUGAGUUUUCUCUACGGGCAAAAACCCCACGUCUACCAUGUCCCCGGUAUAAGUGAGAUUGAUGUUUAUGUUUCUGCUUUAUUUGAAGGAAAUCUCAGGUGAAGACCACGGUGGAGAAUCCCUACGACACAGGUUUUGAAGGAGAGAUUAACAGAGCGUAUGAGAAAGACAGCGACCACGAACAGACUGGAUUUUGAGUCUAACACUGUCAAGGAAGGAGAGGGAGAGAAACUCCAAAACAGACUUACAGACCACGAAUAAAAACACUACAUUAAACAACCAUCAUCAUAACAGCUGAAAGUGGAUAUGUGGGAAAGAUUUAGUUUGUAGUGAAUUUUAGAAAGUUAUUGUGCAGAGUGUACUCUUAUGUAAAUGCAAUUGUACUAAAUUAAAAUUCACUGUCAUGUGUAUGUGAAAGAUUCUUUUACAUUUUCUUAUACAUAUGAACUUUGUAAUAUAUAAAAGCCUACUAAACUUAA